AUGAUUGACGAAAGAGCCGGAUUGAUAUAUUUAUUGAACGUUUUCUAUGCAAAUCCUCAAGAAUUUCCACGUAUAGGUGAAGAUGACGAAAAUAUUACAAUGAUGAAACGAAUUAUCGAAUUAAAUCCUCAAUUGAAUGAAAAUGAAAGAAAUCUUUUAUCUUGUUUAUAUAAGACUAUCGUCACAAAGCGUAGAGAUGUAUUGCGAAGAUUUGAAAACGAAUUUAAUCCAGAAUGCCAACAAUUUGAAAAACGUUAUGAAAAAAUUCAAGAAUUUCGUGAAACAUUAGUAUCAGAAGUCGAUAAGUAUUGCUUAGAUCUUUGCCAACUUAUCGAAGAUCACCUCCUUCCUGUUGCUUCAACUCCAGAAUCGAGAAUUUUCUAUGAAAAAAUGGAAGCUGACUAUUACAGAUACAUGGCAGAAAACCACGAAGGUGAUGAGAGGCAAGAUGCCAUCCAAAAAGCAGGACAACAUUAUGAAAAUGCCCUUUCGAUCUCAAAGUCAGAGAUUUCUUCUGUUUCAUCGCUUGCACUCGGUUUAGUUCUUAAUUACUCAGUUUUCUUAUAUGAUAUGAUGGAGAAACACCACGAAGCCAUCGAAUUAUCUGAAAAAUCUGUUCAAGAAACAAUUGACCUUCUUGAUACUCUCAGUGAUAAAUCUUACACUGAAGCAUCAAAGAUUAUUAUGCUUCUUAAAGAUAAUUGCCAGAAUUGGCGUGAAAGAUUGUAA